CAGCGUGAAAACUCUGCCGUGGCUUGACGAUUCACUGAUGCUUGAUGAUCAUAUCUAAGUUCCCUAUCAAACGACACUCUCCUCACAUUCAGUAUUUCGGCGCAUUUCUACAGAAAUUCAUUGCAAUGUAAGCGUGAUUAAAAAAGUUCAUAAUGGCCGGGAGUCCAAGAAGUACAUGGAGAACGAUUGUAAAUGUCGUCUGAAAGAGGACAACAGUAAUGGAACAGCGCUUCUUCUGGUUUGUGAUUGGCGUUACUCUCACGCUCUGUGACGUCAUUGCAGAGGAACCGUUCCUACUGAAGAUUGGAGUUGUAAGCACGUGGAAGCAUAUUUUCACGGACCUUUUGCAGAGGAACGAACUGUCAUUACCAUGCAGUCUGUUAAAUAUUACCACACCAAAGCCGAAAUCACAGUAUGACAAGAUGCUCAAAGUUAAGGACUUCCUAACCAAUAACCAAAUCGACGUCAUACUUGGUCCAUACGAUGACGCCACUGGAAUUGUGGCCGAAAAGUUAAAGAUACCAUACAUCUGUACAACUGCUGCAAGACGCAACCUGAAGUAUACAUUCCAGAUUCUACCUCCUCUAGAGGACUUCAGUCAAGCGAUAUUUGACAUGACCAAAAGCUAUGGCUGGGAUAAAGUCAGUCUCUUUUACGAUGACACGAGGGGUGUGUACAUAAUGGAACAGUUGUUGACUAACCACGAUCUGAUGGUGAAAUCCUGGCACGUUGAAGCUAACCCCAAUCCAAAGGUUAUAGAAAAACAAGUGAGGGACCAUCUUGUACGAAUGAGGCAGGCUUUUGUACAGAAAAGCAUCAUAUUCUGUUCCAAAGAACACACAGAAAUCAUUCUAGAUCAGGCCAGAAGUUUGGCAAUGUUAUCCCAGCCUUCCGAGUGGUUUUUCUAUGACCCUGGGGACCAAUUAGUUCCAGUGUUUAAAAAUUUUCCUGACGUUUUCGUGAAUUUCACGGUGUUUGGGCUGAUGGAGUUUGAUAGUAGAAAUGAGAUUACCACAGUCGAGGACGCACGUCGCCUUAAUAUCAGUCUGGCGGCCGACUCCUUAAAGCUGGUAAAUGUGACACUUCCAAAAUUCUCUGGUGUUCCACGAAACAUAACUGCCACAACCAUCGCAGAAGAACUCAGAAAGAUAAGAAUUUCUGGCUACACAGGUGAUAUCGAAUUUGGUCCUGAUGGCAGGCGAUAUAACUAUACUAUCAAACUGUCCGAGAUAGAGGGUCUUGAUUCGCUGCAGAGGUAUUCCAGCAAAAGUAAAGAGUAUUGGACAAACGGGGUUUUAUUGUAUCAUGUUGGAGUUUGGAAAUCUCAUUUCAACACCUCAGCUUCAAAAAUACAGUUUGAAGAAGUUAAAAGGUUAAACAGAAAUUACUCCUUCCCUUUGAAGGGGAGAACUGUGUCUGUGGUCAUGAUACUAGAAAAACCUUUCACGAUGCGGAAGAGGGAUUAUAAGCAGCGUUUAGGUAAUGACCGAUUUGAGGGCUUUGCUGUUGAUCUAAUAACGGAAGUGGCAAAAAUGCUUGAUUUUAACUUCGAAAUUUAUCUGGUACAUGAUGGAAAAUUUGGAACAAAAAUGGAAAAUGGAGAAUGGAAUGGAAUGAUAGGAGAGCUAUUGUCUGGGAAUGCCACAAUGCUAGUGGCUCCACUGAGCAUCAACUCACAGAGGGAGGAAGCAGUGGAUUUCACCAAACCGUUCAUGACUCGUUACAUCAGCGUUCUUAUGCGAGUCCCACAGUCGGAACAAUCCUACUUUGAGUUCCUUAACCCUCUCCAUCAAAAUGUAUGGUACUGUACGUUUGGCGCAUUUGUGAUGGUCAGUGUUAUUCUGUACUUUCUAGAACGAUUUGGAAUCCCCCAGAACAAGGAAUAUCCAGCUAUUUCAUUCAGAGAGAGUUUCUGGUUUGUUUUCGGGUCUCUACUUCAAGGAAAUACAGAUGCAUCUCCAUCUACACUUCCAGGUCGAAUACUAACAAGUGCGUGGUGGUUUUUUGCACUCAUUUUGAUCUCAUCUUACACUGCUAACUUGGCUGCUUUUUUGACGGUCAAAAAAAUUAACACCCCGAUAAAGUCUGUCACUGACUUAGCAUCCCAAACCAAAAUCAAAUAUGGCACAGUAAAAAGUAGUGGAAUUAUGUUUUUCUUUAAAAAUACAAAUAUUGAACACUUUGCCAAAAUGUGGGCGCAGAUGUCCGAAGUCGAUCCAUCUUCCAUGGUAGAUGAUACCGAAGAAGGUUUCAAAAAAGUUAAGCAGGGCAAUUAUGCUUUCUUCUGGGACACAACUGUCAAUAAAUACAAAACAAUAGAGGACUGCCAGUUUAUGGAGAUAGGGCCACAUUUUGAUCCCAAGGGCUUUGGUAUUGGUGUCCCUCCAGGAGCCAUUUACCGUGAGGACUUAUCCAUGGCCAUCUUAAGACUGAGUGACACUGGGAUGUUACACCAACUAGAAAAUAAGUGGUGGCCACCGAGUCGCUCUUGUCCAGAUCUUUCCAAACCAUCAGCUGAUGAGACGUCUGAACUCAGCAUUGACAGUGUGGCGGGAGUUUUCUUCAUUCUCCUUGGCGGUAUUGCUUUGGCGGGAAUUGUAUGUGGAUUUGAACACUUCGCGAAGGUCGUCAAGAAAGCGGCAAAAACGGAGAAAAAUGUGAAUGGGAAAAACAGUGAAAUCAAGGAAAGAGAGAGCUUCUUGUGAAUUAGAUUGUGUAGUCACACUCCGAAGACACUGUGUACAGUGAUUUCAGACUGUCUUGUGCUAACUCGUAAAGGAAUAUUCUGUGCAACGUGUAUAUUAUUUAUUCAUUUAAUUUAUGAAAGUAUGUUGAUAAAUAAAUGGAAUAUGGAUUAUUUUUUUAAAUAAAACAGUACAACGUUCUAA